UCUUCUUCACUCUGUCUGUCUCUGAAAUUUGUUCAAUGAACUUUCUUUAACUUCACUUUCUCCAAAAACCAAUGCCACCAAUUUUCUAACACAUUCUCUGUUUGCAACCAUGUCAGUGUAUGACGCAGCUUUCGUCAACACGGAGCUUUCCAAACGCACUUCCAUCUUCGGCCUCCGUCUCUGGGUCGUCAUCGGAAUCCUUGUCGGAUCCCUCAUCGUCAUCGUCCUCUUUCUCAUCUCUCUCUGCCUCACAUCCCGCCGCCGCCACCACCACAAAACUCCCCUCCGCCGCCGCGCCGCCGCCAUCCCUACGCCGCCCAUUUCCAAGGAAAUCCUGGAGAUCGUUCACGUUGCCCCGCCGCCAGACACCGUCAACCUCCCGCCUCCUAAGGCGGAGCCACGCGCCGCCGCCGUACUGUACUCCAGUGGGGAGAGCAGGGGAGCGGUGAGCCUGUGCGAAACGGCGUCGUCACUGGGGAGCGGGAGUGUGGGCCCCGAAGUGUCGCAUCUCGGGUGGGGGAGGUGGUUCACGCUGAGGGAACUGGAAGCUGCGACUAAUGGAUUGUGUGAAGAGAACGUGAUUGGUGAAGGUGGCUAUGGAAUUGUUUAUCGUGGGUUGUUACCUGAUGGAAACAAGGUUGCUGUCAAGAACCUUUUGAAUAAUAAAGGCCAAGCUGAGAGAGAAUUUAAAGUAGAGGUAGAAGCAAUUGGUCGUGUGCGCCAUAAGAAUCUUGUUAGGUUGCUUGGAUACUGUGUUGAGGGAGCUUACAGGAUGCUUGUAUAUGAAUAUGUUGACAAUGGGAAUCUAGAACAGUGGCUGCACGGCGAUGUUGGAGCUGUGAGCCCUAUAACCUGGGAUAUCCGAAUGAACAUUAUAUUGGGCACAGCAAAAGGACUGGCCUAUCUUCAUGAGGGUCUUGAACCGAAAGUUGUCCACAGAGACGUCAAAUCGAGCAACAUACUGCUUGAUCGUCAAUGGAACCCAAAGGUUUCUGAUUUUGGGCUUGCCAAGCUUUUGUCUGCUGAUCAUAGUUAUGUCACUACUCGAGUUAUGGGAACCUUUGGUUAUGUUGCACCUGAGUAUGCCUGCACUGGAAUGCUGACUGAGAAGAGUGAUGUGUAUAGUUUUGGAAUACUUAUCAUGGAAAUAAUUACAGGAAGAAGUCCUGUUGAUUACAGUAGACCACAAGGAGAGGUUAAUUUGAUAGAGUGGUUGAAAAGCAUGGUUGGGAAUCGAAAAUCUGAGGAAGUAGUUGAUCCUAAGAUUGCUGAAAAGCCAUCUUCAAGGGCUAUUAAACGGGCUCUUUUGGUUGCUCUUCGAUGUGUCGACCCUGAUGCUGCAAAGAGGCCUAAAAUAGGCCAUGUUAUCCACAUGCUCGAGGCUGAGGACCUCUUAUUCCGUGAUGAACGAAGGACUGAGGGAGAAUCUUCCCGUUCCCACCGUGAUUAUCAACUGGAGCAUAAAGGCUCAGGAUUAGAUAAAAGGCAAACAGGUGGAGAAAUCAACUCUCAGAGUGAAGAUGACAGUUCUACUAGUAGUAGAUAUCACCAUCAUCAGCCUACUAGAUGGAGAUAAUUGUAGCAUGAUAACUGAAAAGCAAUGUGCCAUAUUAUUUUUCUUCCUAGUAGUUUUACUGAUAUUUAUUUGUACUUUGAUGAUGAAAGAAGUAAUUAGUCCCCUAUUUGCAUAAUGUCCCCAGUCACCUACCUCGAUCUGGGGGGUUCUUUUGUAUACUCUGAUUCAUUACUAUAGAAUUCAAAAUUAUUUUGUGUUUC